AUGUCAGAAGCUGAUUCGAAUUUACUCACGAGUUACUCAUCUCCAUAUGUCAAAGACAUAAAUUCAAGUGGCAACACGAGUACAGGAACCGAAGAAAUGAACACGGCAAACGUUAAUUCAGCCACAUUCGCAACUUCAGUUGAAAAUGAUGCUAUUGAGGAGCCCAUUAAUGAAGCGACCAAUGAUUCAGUUCACGAUAGUCGCACAAACCUCAUUGAAGUGGAUAAUGAUAUUGAAACCUUGAUUGACAAGAGGGAAAGCAUUCCAAUUGAAGCUGAUGAAGAUGCUGUUUACGGUCCACCUCAAGGUCAUGAUAGCAAUCCAAUUGAUGUGGCCUUAAAGCUACUGGUUGAUGGUACUACUGACAGCCCAAUUGAUGAGGUCACUGAUAAUCCAAUUACUAAAGCAACAAGCAAUUCAAUCGAUAAGGUUGCUGAUUACUCAGAUGACUCUAUCAAAGAGCUGAUUCAAAAACUUGUUUUUAAUUCCGUCGGUAGAUAUGUUGUUAAGGAUAGAACGGGUCAUGCCAGGGGAACUUUGAUUGACAGCAAUGCUGUAGGUUCCGUCGAUGGUGAUGCCGACAGAUCAGUUGAUGGUGAUGCAGAUAGCCCUAUUGAUGAUGAUACGAACAACUUUGACGCAGCUGGUAGCCCAAUUGACGAUGAUGUUGAUAGCUCUGUCGAUGAUGUUGUGGAGAGCCCCUUUGACGAUGAUAAAGAUGGCCCAGUUAAUGACGAUUCUGAUAUCCCUCUGGAUGGUGGUGUUGUUAACCCUGUCGCUAAUUCCAUUGAGCCUUUACUUAAUGAUGUUGAGCAUUCGAUCAAUGUUGUUGUUAAAAAGUCCACUACUACAUCCACCUUGAAUGUAGGUACUACUGUUAAUGGAACAUUACCCGCGAGUAGUAUUGAUUCCUUACUCAAAACAGCUGUCACAGGUGUUGUUUCUGAAAAAAUAUUGGCUGACAUUGAAGGCCAAGAGCCACUACCGGUUGAAGUUUCCACCUUAGUAACAUCGAUCCACAAUUCUGUAGACAGUCUUGUUGAUCUCACGGGAGAAAGCUCGUUUGUUACAGCAGCAGAUAACUCCUUCGACACCAAUGCUGACGAUCCUAACGAAACUGCUGACGGUGACUCAAUUGUUGUUGUUGCUCCAAUAAUACUUGCCACCUCUGUCGGGAAGACAAGUGUUUACACGACCAAAAAUUCUCAUAGUAGUGCUGCCGAGCUCCUUGGUACUGUAAAUUAUGAGUUUUCAAAGGCAACUAUUGGCAAUGGACUUGGCGCACACAAUGAAACCAGCAUUAACGGGUGUAUGGUAGAACUCCUUUGUAAAGAGCUGCGCUAUACUUCAAAUUCUCAUUUCAACUUUAUCACAAGAUUUUGCAAUAAUUCGAAUGAACUUCCCAAUUCAAACUUAGAUUUGAAUGCUGACUUGAGUAUUGAUUGA